AUAAUAAAUCCAUUAGUCACCAUGAAAUCCUCGCAACACCAACUGUUUUUCAAGACUAUAAUAAUUUUAUGGAAUUUUUUUUUCUGAUUAAAAAGUUGAGUUAAAAAGAAUUUAAUAUAUACGUCGAACGGUUGAGGAAACAACAAUUAAUUAAAAGAAGAAAAAAAAUUGGGGGAAAAUGAGGUGCGACCAAUUCAAAGCAAGGUUCUCGCGAAGAGGGAGCCCAAUCUGAAAUUCUGAGGGGAGAGAGAGCGCGAGACGACAAUGGCGAUGCUACAAAGCAUUGUCGUUUUCACCUUCCUUCUCCUCAUGUUGAUCCUUAUCAUCAUUCUCAUCCUCUUCGCCUUCAAACCAUGGCGCUUCUUCUCCUUCUCCUUCUCCUUCUCCUCUCGCUCUCGCACCAUCAAGGUUGAUGACUUGGAGAGGCCUCUUGUAUCAAAUGAUGUAGAUCUAGCUCAAGAUCAAAGCAAUGAUUUAACAAGAAAUUAUGAUUUAGAGGGAGCAUGUCACCAAAAUGAAGCUCUUCUGCGCUCACCUCGUACUCAGGGACUUGUUCACAAACAGCGGCUUCCCUCUGCAUCUCCCCAUUUGGCUCAGGGUGAUAGUGUGCUUCUAGAUGUAAUAACUGAUCCAUCAGAGGAUAUUUUGGUUGGUCAGACAUUAAAGCAUCCAUUGUUUACAGAGCACAUAGUUGAAGCGCAAAAAUUCAGUAGACCAGAAAAUCAAAGUCAAAACUUGAAAUUUGGUGUGGAAAAUGAUAAGCCACAAGAUUUUGUGCCGAAAGCUAUCAGUGAUCAAAGAAGUUGCCUCUCUCUUGAGGUUGUCUCGGGUCCUUCUUGUGGACUUCAUUGUUCUGUACAGUCAACAAGCACUGCGAGGCUACCGCUGACCCUUGGAAGAGUUUCUCCAAGUGAUUUAGUAUUGAAGGAUUCAGAGGUUUCCGGAAAGCAUGCAAUGAUAAAUUGGAAUUCAAAUAGAUUGAAGUGGGAGUUGACGGACAUGGGUAGCCUCAAUGGAACGCUGUUGAAUUCUCGGCCAAUUAAUCAUCCUGAAUCUGGAAGUAGGCGUUGGGGUCACCCAAUGGAACUUGCAAGUGGAGACACAAUAACGCUUGGCACAACCUCAAAUAUAUCUGUUCAUAUUUCAUCCCAAAAUGAGUGCCUGGUCCCUUUUGGCGUUGGUAUUGCUUCAGACCCUAUGUCGUUGCGUCGAGGAGGAAAGAAGCUUCCUAUGGAAGAUGUUUGCUAUUAUCAGUGGCCUCUUCCUGGCAUUGAUAAGUUUGGAGUGUUUGGUAUCUGUGAUGGACAUGGUGGUAUUGAGGCGGCCAAAUCUGCAAGCAAGAUUCUGCCUGAGAUGGUUGCUAACAUUUUAUCAGAUUCUGUAAAGAGAGAGGGGGUUUUGUCACAACGUGAUGCCUCAGAUGUUCUUAGAGAUGCAUUCUCUCAAACAGAAGCGUGCAUGAAUAACUAUUAUGAGGGUUGUACUGCAACAGUGCUUCUGGUUUGGGCUGAUGCUGAUGAAAAUUUCUUUGCACAAUGUGCAAAUGUUGGAGAUUCAGCUUGUCUUAUGAAUAUGGGAGGUAAGCAGAUUAAGAUGACUGAAGACCAUAAAGUAACUAGUUAUUCUGAAAGACUCCGAAUUGAAGGAAUAGGAGAACCAUUAAAAGAUGGGGAAACACGUAUAUGUGGUUUGAACCUUGCUAGGAUGCUUGGAGACAAAUUUGUGAAACAAGAAGAUUCGCGAUUUAGUUCUGAGCCUUACAUAAGUCAAGUUGUGCAUAUCAAUCAAACAAGUGGGGCAUUUGCACUACUGGCAAGCGAUGGAUUCUGGGAUGUUGUUAGCAUUAAGAAGGCAAUUCAGUUAGUUGCGCAGACGAGGGAGAGAUAUCCGACAGAGAAGGAGAAUUUGGCAGGGAAGAUUGCUAAUGUUUUGUUGAAUGAGGCUAGGACACUGCGAACAAAGGAUAACACCUCUAUUAUUUUCUUAGAUUUUGACAGCAGAUCCAGAAUAAGUUUUAAAAGUUGAUUCCCAAUGUGAAUUUCUAGGUGCGAAAUUCUGAUUAAUUAUUUCAAUGUUGUUUUCAUUUCUGCUUUCAUUUUUGCAAUCACCCAUGGUCACAUUAGUCUUUCACUUGCAGAGAUCUUACUUUCUUGUUAAUAAAUAAACUAUAUUAAUACAAUACGUUGAGCUUUAGAGUUUAGACCAGAGUAAGAAACAAAAUAGGAUUUACUUUUUUCUUUUGCCAGUAAAAUAGGAUUUAAUUAGAAAUGCCAAUCUACAUGCUACAUGAUAGUAUGUUUUUAUGGAGUUGACUACAAUUUUUGUACAAAUAUACAAUUUGUAUCUUAAAUUUUUAAAUAGUAUAUUAUUCUGUAUCUUAAAUUUUUAAAUAGUAUAUUAUUCUAACUCAAACUUUAAUAUUGUUAAUCUAACUUGUUUAUAUGGUAUUUA